AGACCUACAAGGACAAAUGGAUCAGAAUCAUGGCUGAGAAAUACUCCUGCAAACGUAUUGCCCAACACAUAAAGGUCCAGACCCAACAGACAGAGAAGCAGAUCACGCAGGAGUUUGAGAAGCUUCACCAGUUUCUACGAGAUGAAGAGGCAAUCAGGAUAGCUGCACUGAGGGAGGAAGAGGAGCAGAAGAGUCAGAUGAUGAAGGAGAAGAUUGAGAAGAUGAGCAGAGAGAUCUCAUCUCUUUCAGACACAAUCAAAGCCAUAGAGGAGGAGUUGAAAGCUGAUGAUAUCACAUUUCUCCGGAAUUACAAGACCACAGGGAAGAGAGCCCAGUGCACACUGCAGGAUCCAGAGAAGCUUACCGGAACUCUGAUCAAUGAAGCAAAGCACCUGGGCAACCUUAAGUUCAGCCUCUGGCAGAAGAUGAAGGACUUGAUUGCAUUCAAACAUAAUCGCGGUUAUAUUGUGCAGCCCCCUCUCGAACAGCUCGUCUCCAGACAGGCCUGUUCUUCGCUGUAG